AUCUAAAGUUAAAACUAAGAUAGCAAAACAAAUGUUCAAAAAGAUGUUAAUAAUGUACAAAAAUAAUCCUUGAAAUUUUCCUGUCUUCUUUCCCUUGAUCCUCCCAAAAAUAGCACAAAUUAGAAAUGACAACGACUCAACAAUCUCCAAAUCGCAAAUACCAUUCCAUAUUACCAAUUGCAUUAGCCUCUUUACUUAUCUUAGGGACUGCAAGGCUAGUUUUUGACAACUUGAAGAAUAGUAGGGAAAGUAUUUUUCGAUGGCGAUUUUGGUUAGAAGGAAAUGGAUUUCAUAGGUAUAUUAUCAAGUCUUCGUAUGAUAAUGAUGAUAAUAGUUAUGAAGAUAUAGAAGAUUGUAAUGUUUUUGAAGGGAAAUGGGUUUGGGAUAAUGUGUCUCGCCCUUUAUAUAGUGAAGAGAGCUGCCCUUUUUUGGUUAAGCAAGUUGCUUGUCAAAGGAAUGGAAGACCAGAUAAUUUUUACCAGUUUUGGAGAUGGCAGCCUAAUGAUUGCAAUCUACCAAGGUUUAAUGCACUAAAGCUAUUGCGAAUACUUAGAAACAAACGCUUAAUGUUCAUUGGAGACUCCAUUCAAAGAAGUCAAUUCGAUUCAAUGGUUUGCAUGUUACAGUCAGCACUUCCUCAAGGACAAAAAUCACUUCACAAGGUUCCUUCUAAGAAGAUCUUCUAUGCUCAGGAAUAUAAUGCAACGAUUGAGUUUUACUGGGCUCCAUUCAUAGUCGAGUCGAAUUCAGACCAUUCAACUAAUCAUACAGUGCUCAAAAGGCUGGUUAAGCUUGAUCGUAUCGCGAAUCACAGCAAAAACUGGGAAGGAGUAGACAUUCUAGUAUUUGAAAGCUAUGUUUGGUGGAUGUACAAGCCUAUAAUUAAUGCAACGUACGGAAAUCUCAAUGACAUAAAAGAGUAUAAUGUUACUACAGCUUACAAGAUGGCAUUGCAAACAUGGGCAAACUGGUUGGAAUCUAGCAUCAAUUCUCAGACUCAGAGAGUCUACUUCAUGAGUUUGUCUCCUACACAUUUGUGGAGCUCGGAAUGGAAUCCUGGAAGUGAAGGCAACUGCUUCAAUGAAAAGGAACCGAUCCAUGGACCAUACUGGGGGAUGGGUACGAACCUCGAAAUCAUGAAAAUAGUGCAAGAAACAAUACAAGAUCUAAAGAUAGAUGUAACAUUUUUAAACAUUACCCAGUUAUCAGACUUCAGGAAAGAUGCACAUACCACAAUUUAUACAGAAAGAAAAGGCAAACUCUUGACAAAAGAACAAAAAGCUGACCCCAAAAACUUUGCAGAUUGUAUUCAUUGGUGUUUGCCAGGAGUUCCUGAUACAUGGAAUGAGAUCUUGUAUGCACAUUUGUUACAAGAGUUCUAUAAUUAAUUACUUUGUUAUCCCUCUUUUGGAGGGACCAAAUUUUGAUACUUUUUAUGAUGUGUAAAGAAAA